CUUCAGAGACGAUCUUUGUUAUCUGAGCGUCCUACUAGUGCCACUGAUAAGGAAGAGAUACUGCGGAAAGAAAGAUUCUAGGAAGAAAUCAUCCUUUUGUGAGGUUUUAAUGCAAAACAUAGUUCCUUCUUACUGUAGAUAUGAGCAAUCAGCAAGUGAUUUAUUCUACCCUGAGAUUUCUUCAGUCUCCUUCAGAGUCACCAAAUAGAUUGAGGCCAGAUGGGAAUCAAAAGUCUGGGAACACUGAUGGCAAAGGGUUUUCAGUGCCCUGGUAUCUCAUUGCAGUAAUUCUUGGGAUCCUGUGUUUACUACUAUUGGCGACAGUUGCUGUGUUGGGGACAAAGAUUUUUCAGUAUACUCAAGAAAACCGUCGGCAGAGGGAAAUGAUAGGAAACCUGACUCAAGAGCACCACAUUUUGCAAAAUGACAGCUACUUAAAGGAGAAACUUUUGACAUAUAAGACUUUAGAAUAUAACAUUCUCAAAAAUGAAUUGCUUCAGCAAAAAAAGAAACAGGAUUUACUCUUUACAAAUAGGACAUGUCAGAGAGAAAAUAAAGGCAAAUUCUAUGGAAACUGCUGGUCCUGUUAUGGAAUAAAGUGUUAUUAUUUUAUUCCUGAAAGUAAAAACUGGAACAGAUGUAAACAGACUUGCCAAAGUUAUAAUUCAUCCCUUUUGAAGAUAAAUGAUGAAGAUGAACUGGCCUUUAUUCAAUCCCAAACUUAUAGGAAUAACUACUGGAUUGGAUUAUCAUAUGAUGACAGAGAACAAAAAUGGAAAUGGAUUAACAUUGGCCCACCUUUUGGGAUUAACUAUACAUUCAUGAGUUCUUCUGGAAGAGGACAAUGUGCAUUUUUAAGCUCAACAAGAACAGCAACUAUUGAGUGUUCUAAGACCUACAAUUGUAUCUGUGAGGAGAGAAUUCAUGAUGUUUUCUCUGCCUACUUCGAUAGGUACAAGAAGAAAAGGUGCAAUGGAACCUGUCAUUUGUUUGUUUGUUUGUUUCUGUGAUAAUUUGUGAAUACUUACAUACUAAUGUUUUUGCUAGUAAGACUUAGUUUACUGGGGAAACAGAGAUGAGUAGGAAAAGGAAGGAAAUGUUCUUUUGGACUAUGCUUUAAGAGAUUAGAUGCCAUCUGUCUUCUUGAGGGAGAAUGCAUGCUUUUAUCUUUGGAGAGGUUUCCCCUCUCUUUAAUGGCCCUGAGAAAUUCCCUUUCUCUCUCCCUAAACCACCCAUAGAACCACUUAGACAACUCUGGUAGCCUGUUCUUUUUCUUAUUAAUAGCCUGGGUCUUUUCCUUAUUAAUAGAAUAGAUUGGAUAAGUAAUUUCAGUAACCUCCAGGUUUGAGAGAUGGUACAAUUAAGAAUUAAAAAAUAGUUAUUUUGCCUCCCUUCCCCCAUCUAGAUAAUCAUCUUGCAUUAAAAUGUUUUUACUUUGCUAUAAUUUCAUUCCUCCUUAAUAGUUGAAACAAUAGUAUAAAAACUCUCAUAUAGUUACUAUUUGUUAAUAUUUUGUUCUUUCUGUGCUUUACAGUUCUCUCUCCCCUACUCCCUUGCUGUUCCAUUUGAUAAUUAAUUGUGGAUUUUAUGUCCCUUUGUCUAAAUAUUUUAUAAGAACAAAUACUUUGUCUUGUAUAACCAUGGUGGAAUUAUCAAAAUCAGGAUAUUUAGCAUUGAUAGAGUACUGUGAUUUUUUAAAAAAGAUUUUAUUUAUUUAUUUGACAAAUACAGAGAUCACAAGCUGGCAGAGAGGCAGGCAGA